AUGGACGACGACGCACAGUUUGUGAUUCCUGACUUGGACGAUGAUUCACUGUUUCCUGAUAUAGAGAUUGCGCCGCCACGCCUCCUGUAUGGCAUGUCCAACGGGUCGUCGUCCACGGAGCCGUGGGCUGCGUCGACGACAGCGACGCUUCCGCCAGCGCCACACUCGCCGUUGGACGAGGGGUCAGGGCCUUCUGGUACCAAGAGUCGAGCUGGUCGCCUACGGCAUAUUCGGUCCGGCUCGUUGAACGCGGACGAAAGUGCGUCCAUCACGACGAAGAGCUCGUCGAUGCGAUUUGGAUCCUCGUUCUCUUCAGCGACCUUGCCGGGCACAGACUACCACCCCUCGCCAUCGCGCGCUGUGAGUGGUCAUGCUCUUUCCUCGUCGUUCUCGUUCCCUGUAAAGAAAAAGUCGUCGUUUGCGAGUCUGCGUGCUGCCAUCAAAGGCCAGCCGUCUCUCCCGUCGUCCACUCAAUUCCAUGCACCUCAGCCCACGACGCCCAGCGCACGCGACGGCCUCGAAGCGACGUCGCCCUUCUUUGCCGAGUUUGAAGCAGGUGCCUCCUCCAAGAAAAUCACUCGGACGCUUACCCUCAGUGACAUUACGGCCAUGUCGUCGGGCCUUGCGCACGCGACAGGCAUGACACGCGCGGCGCGGCGCCAUGACAAAUCGGCGAGUCAGGCGUCUCUGCCGCCCCAUGAUACGUCGUCUUCUAGUCCGCUACGUACGCACCGCUCGCGCCAUGCGCACAAGGGCUCGCACUUGUCCGAGUACUCCCUGGAUGGAGCGCCUGUCUCGCCAUCCAGUGUGAGCGUCGCGCCUACCGCCGAUGGCCUUUCGUCCCCUGUCGCGCUGCGUGCGCCGGACGAUGUGGAGUCCUGGAUGCUACAGGGGGAUAUCAGCUUUGCCUCGACGCGGCCGGAUACCUAUGCAGCACAACAUGUUCUCUACCGCUUUACCAGCAUCGCUGACGAUGCAUUGUAUACCGUGCUAAGCGCCCAGCAGGACCAUGAUGUACUUACGUCCCUCUUCCCUACGGCUGCGCACCGCGUGGCCUGGGACGAUCUUCUAGAGUCCAUGGCCUCCGUUGCGCAGUACGAUCGCUCGACGCUGCAAAACGCGUUGCUUGAAUGGCGUACGGAUGCGCUGGAUGCGCCAUCCUCUUCACGGCUUGGACGUCGUCGAACAAGCGAUCCCAACAUCCUAGCGACGCCGGGCGUCUCAGGCGAGAUGCUGCGUCGACGAUGUGCGCUUACUGCGACGUACCUUGCAUGCUCCGCCUUGCUGCCUACCAUUCCGCCAGGCACCAACGACAAAAUGGGAUUGCAUGAAGAGGAUCUGCACGAAUGGGACGAGUUUCUCGGUGUCAUGUUUCAAUGCUUGCAUCUCUGCUCGGUCGAGCGCGAAAGUGAGCGUGGCUCGUUUGCGCGUCUGCACACGACACUGCAGCAGCACUGUUUCGAUAUCGUGGCCCGUGUGCUUGGCGCCUUGUCCCGCCACUGCCUCCCGGCGCUGGGCGAGCAGUUUAUCGCGAUCUUGCGGCAGGCCAAUGCCGUGGCUGUCUCGCGCGACAAUGAGCUGCUCACGGAAGCCGCUAUUCUCGGAAUGCGGUACCUCCGCAUUACUGUAUACCCCAUGGAAGCGUUCGAAGCAGGCGCUACGUUCCUUACUACCCUCGCGCAGUUUUUCUCACAUGCGCAUGGCUACCGUAUCAAACGUGCGUUUGCUCGCGUCCUACAUACCAUCAUUGAGCCCGUUGCGCGGUAUGCGUCCGCGGAGCUCCUUCAUCCUGUAUGGGUCUCGGCAAUGCACACCAUGCUGCCAAAAGCGCAGGGCAUGCUGCACCGCUCACGGUACUGGGCUGUUGCGUACCCCCUUUGUGCGGUGAUUGUAUGUGCUUCGCCGCCCGGGAUCAUUCUUGAAAAAUGGUACAGCUUGGUCGAAAUGGGCAUGACACGGCACAAGGAGCGCAAAGAUACCGAGGUACGCGCUUCGAUGCUGCCUGUGGCUGCACAGCUACUUUGGGCGUACCUGUUCCGUUGCCACGAAGGCACCAACCCCACGAAGCGCCGCCUCGACGCGUUCUUCGCGCUCUGCCUUCCCUCCCCACGCUCGUCCCUUCAACCGAGCGACGCGUGCGUGGAUGCAUGCGUAGAUAUGCUUUCUCACGCGCUCUUCCGUCAGUUUGAGUAUACACGUCCUCUUGUGUUGGAGAUGCUACGGCACAAGCAGCUCGAUGACAAAGCCGCUGUCCACCAGCCAAACUUGCUGCAGCCUACACGGAUGUGCAUUGCCAUUCGCGCGAUUACACAGACCCUCGCAUGCUACGUCCAAGGCGAGGCGCCGCUGUUGCCGGGCGGCGAGGUGCUAUCGCCCGAUGCGUUGGCCACCGAGCCUAGCGACUUUGCGUACCCUAACGCUGAGGUCGGCGAGACGCAGGCCUACUUUCACACACUCAUCGCGCGCAUUACGUUGGUAUGCGACUACAUUCUCAAGGACGUCACACUUAUGGACGAACGUACACCCGUUGCGCGAGGCUCCUUGGCCCCUGUCAUCCAUGGCGAACGUGCCUCGCUGGACUUGGAACAUUACCAAGUGCGCACGCAUGCACAUACGCACGGCACGUUCACGGUAGCGUACCUACGCGAUCACCAGCCGGCGUUGGACCUGCUUCGGACAUGCAUUCAGACGUGGCCACGCUGCUUGUCCACCCAAGUGAGCAUGGCUACCUGUCAUGCCCUGCUGUUUCGGGCCCUGUACAGCGUCGAUCCACUCGUACGCCAGGCCAGCGCAGCGACUGUACGGCGAUGGGCACAGGCGCAAUCUGGCGCCUACCCCAUCCUCACGGCGUUUGUGCAGUGGUCAUUCCGGCACGAUGGCCUGGUAUGGGAACUGCAUCCUCACGCCGAUCUCCUGCUAGGCGCAAUUGCGCAGGCCGCCGAUUUGAUGGUUGAGCUGAUGGCAUUGUGGUGCGAGCAGCCGGAACCGGCGCCAGAGGGCGAGCAUCUUACCUUGGAAUCCAUCGAGGCGGGUGCGCUUAUGCUAUUAUGUAUCCCCAGCGCAACGUUGCGGCAGCAUGGCCUCUCCUUGCUGCGGUACGCACAGACCAUGGCAGAGCGUCUCCAGCAGCCGUGCGUAUACGCUGCUAUGCGGCUUGAUACACCCUGUACGCAGUACCUGCACACAGACCACUCAUGUUUGUCUCUAUCGGAACGUGCGCGCAUCUCCAAGUGGCAGGAUUCAGGCGAGGCGUGUACGCUAGCUCGCCUGGCGUGCACGGCUGAAUAUGCUUCGCUGUGGAUGCAUGCACUGCCCCUGUUCCUUGCCGAUGUCGUACAGCAGGCACCUGGCACCGCCGCGCGCCUCUCCAAUAUGCUUCAUGGCGCUGCUCAUCGCUUAGAGCCGACGGUAGCGGCGAUCGCCCAGGUCCGGCGCUCCAGUGCGCCUGCGCCCAACGUGACGCCGCUGAUUCGUACGGCAUGGCGCUCGUAUACUACGGCCUUGUGCACCGUCGCAUCGACUGAUCCGCCUCCGCCGCCCAUCGGAAUGCUGAUCCCGUACUUAGCUUGUGCGGAUCGCGAAUGGCAAGACGAUGCGACAGAUGCCCUCAGUCAUAUUCAUGCGCAUGCCUACCCAGCGUUGGUCCAUGCGCUGAUGGACGCGCUGGACGAUACUAUGACAUCGCAGCGCGUAGCUACUGGCCUGAUUCUCGCACAGACGUCGCACUAUCUGCCUUGUCCAGACGUGCACGAGGCGUUGGUCGCGUACUUGCAGCGUACUCUGCCGCUCCUACAAGCGGAUGCACAGCCGUCCAUGGAGCUUUUCCAGCUACGCCGCUGUUUUUGUGUGUUGCUGGCCCAUGUAUACCCUGCUUUGGACACGACCUUGGCCGAGCAGGCCUUCCCCAUUGCGAAGCGGCAUCACCUCCUGUCGCUGCUCCAUGAAUGGCACUCGCUGCAGGACGCCUCGCGACUGGCGGCCCAGCUCUCCGCUGCGAUGGAACGAUCGAGUCUUUCGAACAACAUGCCCAAGGACAAACUCCUCGUUUCGCUGCGGCAAGAGCUACACUGGCUUGCUACACGCGCUGAGCAGGCUAUGGCCGUCCUGUGCGCUGCGCCGAUGGAUACCAGUCCUUCGGUGCACGUGCCGACGAUUCUGGCGUGGCUGUGCGAGAUGCUCAUUGCGCCGCUCGCGUCGUCGCGUGACGCAGGUCGACGCGCUUUGCAUGCGCUGCUGGAACACAAUGCGCGGCACGAGCCACUUUUGCAGGCGCUUGUGUCACAGUGUUAUCGCGACUUGGGGCAGGCCAAAGCAUCGCGCACCGCGUUCAUGGUGCUGGUACCGAUGUAUACGCGCGACAAUGCGCCUGUCUCGCUGCCCCUCCGCGAAGCCGUAUGCCUAUCACUCGCGAUGCUGGCGCAUAGCGACGUGGAAGUCCGUGCCGGUGCGUUGGGCAUGCUUGAAGUGACAUUGCAGCGGCACCAUGACGAUGAUCAGCUAUCGUUAGCUCGGUUCGCGCCUGCUGUGCGAUCGAUGCAGCUGACCACGUACCUUGACGCGCAAGUUCAUCUGAGUCACACCGUGGAAUUGCGGGAUGAUGCCAUGACUCCCGCCCUAUGCUCAAAAAUGCUCGAGGAAUGGGCUCGUCAGAUGGAGCAUGCGCCGCCCUCCGUUCACGCCUCGAUUCUCAGCCUCCUGCCGCCAUGGAUCCCGGCGUUGGACGAUCCAGAGGUGGUGCUGCCUACCCUUUCUACCCUGCUUCUUCUGUCACUCAUGUACGCGACUGUCCAUCCGCAGGCGGUCCAUGCCUUAUGGCAGCCGAUCGGACACGCCGUCUCUGCGCUACCUCAUGUCAUCGCCUUUUUGCAUCGACGUGCUUUGCACUAUCGCAGUGUCGAGUUCUUCGACGUGGCACGUCUGGUUCUAGGAUGCUUGCCGCCCCCUGCUGUGCCUACCGUGCAUCGCUUGCUUCUCUCGCACUUGACAGACGACGGCCUGGUCCCAUGGGCGCCGGAGCAUGAGCUCAUGCUACCGAUGGACGCGCAUUUGCCUCCGCCUGGCACAGAACUGCCUGCGCUUCCACCCGUGCUGGUGUCCCUCGUGCUCCUGGGCGAGUGUGUUACUGCAUCACUGGUCCAGCACGCGUCGUCGUUGGUCCAACUUCUCCAGGCUUUGUGUUUGUACAUGGACAAUACCCCUGCGUUGCUCCAGUCCCAUGUGGUCCGUGCGAUGGAGCAGAUUCUCAGUGUCCUCGUCCCUCAUGCGCGAGCUGAUGGCGCCGUAUGGGAUGCCUUCUACGCUGUGAUUCGUGGAUCGCGCGAUGUAUGGGCACGGAAAAACGACGUGCAUGUGCCUCCUGUAUGGCAGCAGUGGAUCGAUGUCUUGGUCUCCCUUGCGGAAACGCAAACGCGCUCGUCGUCGUUUCGGUCAACAUGGCGUGACAAUGCGUCGCAUGUGGCCACGCACACUUCGGUGUUGCGCUUAGCAUGCCGAUCCUUGCAGAUUGUACGAGCGUUGCGACCUACCUACACACCCUCGAUGCUCCCUAUGCUACUAGCGCGUUUGCAAGAGACUGUGGCGUCGCGAGAUAGCAUGGCGUACACGCUAGAAGCCCUUGCGACGAUGCAGGCAAUGGCAGCCGAGGCGGAUGCUGAUACCCUUGUCGCGCUGUAUUGGUCGGCGCUGGCAUGUACUGAUACGCCGCAAGAGCCCGUGUUUGUAGCCUCGCUAUCGUUCUGGUCUGUGUGGCUCGAACGUGUAUCGACGCUUGAUACGGACGUACAGCUAGCCACCUCACAGCCGGCCACAUGGGCGACCGAUACGCCCAGUUUGCAGCUUUCGUUGUUGCGUGGUCUUCGGUCGGCGCGCAUGGACGAGGCUACGUUGCCAUUGCUCUUGCGAUGGGCCGAGAUGCCUUUGUCCGCGCACGUGGAAUCCACAGCAGAAGACCGUGCAUUGGUCUUGCUUACAGUGGCAUUGCCAUGGUGUAUGGAAACGUGUGAAUCUGCCUCGUCGCCGCAUGUUGAUGCGGCGUGGAUCACACGGCUAGGCGAUGCUCUUGCGUACUGGGCGCAACAAGCACAUCGACCUGACUUGGAGCGAAUUGCGACGUCAUUAGCGCGGUCCCGAUUCCGACGUGCUGAUGAUCUAGCGCGCCAAGCUGCCUCUUGUCUUAUGCAGGGUGCCUCAGCGCCUCAAGCAACGUACCUUUCGACGAUGCUCCUUCUUCUCCUGCACAACCAGCGAGAGUGGGUGGCUAAGCAUACUCUAGCCGUCUUGCCUCUGCUUUGGCAAGCGCUGCCCGCGCUGCAGAUUCAUGCCUUUACGUCGCCUGUACCUCUUGAUGCGCUGUACAGAUGGGCUAAGUCGCCGAUUGCCUCGCUGGCUCUGAGUGUCCUUCAUCAGCCCAUGCUGAGCGACGCGGACUUGGUCUCCAAUGCUCCGUCGACGUGGGCAGGCACAGAAGUGUCGCUGCAUGCUGGGCGCACAGCGGCGAAUAUGAAAGCUGUAUCGCAGGCGUGGACGCCGCCUGCCCAGCUCACUUCGACGGUGUCGUUUGUGUCUGACGCCCACGCUUCUGUGCCGCCGCCGUCCACGGCCGAACUGGGAUGCUUGGCGAGUCAGCUGGACGACUUGGCCCUGUUUUUCGCGCAGGACAGUUCCAGGGACACACCCUCGCCCAAACCAUCGCACGAUCAUGUGGCGAAGAUCUUGGCACGGUCAACGUACCAGCGGCGUGAAUCCAUAAUGCCAUGGUCUGAGCCUGAUACGACGACGAUGAGCGACAUGUCGUACAAUACGACAGCAGGUGACGCCUCCCGCUUUUUCGGCAAAAUGUACGAGGGUGUGCCUGCGCCAGCUACGCGCGGCAGCGAUCCGUUUGUGCUAGAUGUCACUGCUGUGACGUCGGUUCCUGCUACGCCUGGUGGCAGUGGCGGCAGUACCACGUCGCCCUUACCGCCUGUGCCUGCCUUGCCGGCCACUACCGCCUCGCCUGUGGUCGUACCUGUGUCUCGUCCUUUGCACACGCAAACGAGCGAGAGCAGCUUGGAUGAUCAUACCACCUCGCCUCCGUCUCAUCAUCCUCCAUAG